CGUGUGGGGUGAGAGAGCCUGGGAGCUGCUUCCUUCGCGUCGCGGCGGCUCAGCUGCGGCCGGGGCAGCUGCGCUCCCGCCGUUUGGCCGCUCUUCCCCUCGCCCGCAAUAUGCCUCCGCUGCCCUCCGGCUGGCCGCCAUGCCUGGGAUGCGCGGGCGCCCGCCGAUCUCCUCGCGGCUGGGAUUGGCCGCCGCGACGUUUUUCCUCCUCUUGCUGCUGCUGCUGCUAAAGAGCCGCCCGGGUUCCGCGGCUGCCACCGGCGCCGUCGGCUUAACCAGGCGCCCUCAGCAGCGAGCCAGCUCAUCUACGCCGUCUUCCUCCAUGGCUGCUCCAGCACCUAUGUUUACCCUGAAAGUGCAAGUUAAUGAUAUAAUCAGUCAUCAGUACCUACACAAAGCUGUUGUGGACAUCUUUGUCAACUAUACUAAAACAAAUUCUACUCUAACUGGAAAGAAUGGAGCAGUAUUGAUACAGGUUCCCUAUCAGCUAGGUCUGAGUUUAACCAUUGUUUCUUAUAAAGAUGGUUACAUGCUAACACCUUUACCUUGGAAAACUGGGAGAAUGCCAAUAUAUUCAUCUGUUACACUUUCAUUGUUUCCCCAAAGCCAAGCAAAUAUAUGGCUGUUUGAUGAUACAGUUUUAAUCACUGGGAAACUAUCUGAAGCCAAAUCUCAGCCAAGUGUUCAGUUUCCAAAAUACUUAAUUAAACUUCCUGUGAACCACCAUAUCACCAAUGUAACAGCGUAUCUUACAGUACCACAGCAGUUUUUAAAAGCGGAGCAUUUCUUUUAUACAACAGGAAUUCUUUUAAAUAAAUCAGGUGUCAAAAGUAUUGAACUGACUCCCCUUGCUGCAAUUUGCGUAAACAUAUUUUCAAGUGGGAAAGAACUGCAGGUGGAUGGCUCCAUUCAGAUCACCUUACCUCUUCUGCCUACAAGCGCGGUAAAAGCAGGAGAACCUAUCUCAGCCUGGACUUUUGAUAUGAAAACGGGUGCUUGGAUUAAUCGUGGUUUAGGAAUGGUAAAGAACAUCAAUGAUCACUUAGUAUGGACGUAUACUGCUCCAAGUCUGGGAUAUUGGAUAGCAGCCCCAUUGUCUGGAACCAGAGAUUCCAUUAUUACAACAGUUACAAAAGAUAUCACUGCCUACCACACAGUAUUCCUCACGGCGAUAUUAGGAGGCACUGUCACCAUCAUUGCUGGGUUCUUUGCACUUCUGCUUUGCUAUUGCAGGGAUAGAUGUGGUCAUCCAAAAAAGAAAAAAAAAAGUCCUACCAAGCUAGACAUUUUAAAAAAAGACCAGACAACUUCAACAAGUCACAUAAAUCAUAUCGGUGCAGCCAAAGGGUCUCUGAAGCCAGAGGACAAAUCUAGAUUGUAUUCACCCAGAGUAGCAUUUUAUAGCCCCCAGAGACGGGUUUCAGCUGAAGGUGAGGAGAGGAAAGCCCAAGACAGUUUUAAAGUUUACACAGAAGGUACUCCUCUGUAUCAACUCUCUGGCAAAAAUCUCCAGUGUAGGAGCUCUCCCCAGGCCUUGGAAGCCAAAACAGAAUUGAGGCAUCUUCCACCAGUUAAACACUUCAAUGGAAGUCUUCCUCCUUCCCAAAAUGUACAAGAACAGAAUCAGUAUCUCCCAAUGACUGAGGAAAUCUAUGGACUCUCUUCCCUCCCAGAACAAUUACUGCAUCUCUAUAGCCAGCCUGGUGCUAUGCUUCAAACAUCUGAGCUAUUUCACUCCCAGGAGCAAUUGCAUGCUGCAAAGUCAGCUACUUUACCAAGAAAAGGACAGUUAGUCUACACCCCUGUGAUGGAGAGUAUGAAUCACGAAAAUUACACCCAGACAUUGCCCAAAAUGCCAAUGCACGCUCACUUGCAGGAACCAACUUCCAGAGAUGAAACAGUGGCUAUAGAUAGGCAACAAGGCUUGUCUCCUCAGACUGCCAACUGGGGCCGCUACACUAGUAGCUUGCUGGAGUCGGUUUCUGUCCCAGGAACGUUAAAUGAAGCUGUGGUGAUGACACCAUUUUCAUCAGAACUUCAGGGGAUUUCAGAGCAAACCUUACUUGAGCUUUCAAAAGGAAAACAGUGUCCACAUCCAAGAGCGUGGUUUGUGUCACUGGAUGGCAAACCAAUAGCUCAAGUGAGGCAUUCGUUCAUUGAUCUCAAAAAGGGCAGGAAGACUGAGAGCAAUGAUACUAGUUUAGACUCAGGUGUGGACAUGAAUGAGCAUAAUCCAAGUCGAAAAUUGGAGAGGGAGAAAACUUUUAUUAAAAGCACACAGCAGUCUAAGAUACUUUACCUAGAAGACUUGGAUCUGAGUACCAGUGAAUGUGGGACCAUGCUUUCAACCCCGGAGGAUCAGGCUGUGAAGCACAUGCCAGAAGGAAGCAAUGACCCCAUCAUAGAGCAAGCGCUCCUGGAAGAGAUGCCUAGAAGAAAAAACACAGCAAAAAAACACGAGGCCAGCCCUCCCCCUGGGAAGAAACAGGGAAGACCACGUCUAACUAAGACAGAAGGCAAAACAAACAUCUGGAAAAAGAGAGACGAGAGACCACUCAUUCCAAAAAAUUAACAUUACAGUGAUGUUUAUCUUCUGAUUGUUUCAUGUUCAGUAGACUUCACCUCUUCUCUAUCAUUUUAUUUGUAAAUUUGCACUGGUCAUUUUCAGUGGGGCACUCAGAUUUAGGUGACAUUGCUUUUUUAAGACACGCAGCAGAUUACAUCUUCACAAGGAGUAUUGUUUUCUGAAAACCAGCUCAUCUUGCUUUCAACAGUUGUUAUAAUAUCAGGAUGUUUGUAAAACUAUACGUGGAAGAUUAUUCUGUGGUGUAUCUGCAAGGACAUAUAUGCAUUCUCUGGAAGACACCAGUAUGGAAUCUCAUUUACUUGCUUUGAAAUUAGACAACUGGCAAGGAAGAGGUUUUGUUGAUACCAAAUUGCGUUGGUUUAGGAAAAAGUGUUUGUUAUUUUUGCAACUAGUGUCUGAUAAUGGACAUUGUCCUAAUAUGGUUUGAUAUUGUGUAGUAUGGUAUUUUUCAUCAAAAUGCCGAUAGGGAGAUCUUGUAUUUCAUAUUUAAUAGAACAUCCUGCCUCACUAUAAUUCCUAUACAGCUUUUUCUGGUGGGAGAGGGAAAAUUAAGGACUUGUUAUCCAGAAGGUAUUUCUAGUGUGAAGACUUCUGCCAUUCCAAUUUGUAUUGAGCCAAAUUGUGCUCCAUUUUUAGGACAGCUGGAUUUGUAUUCUUGUAAUAAAAGCAGAGUUUGGCCCUUUAUGCCCACAAUGUGCGCCAUUGUAAACAUGGCCAAAAUAUUGCCUUUUGAGAUAUUUCCACCAGAAACAGCAUUCUGUGCUAGCCUUAAAAAGACAAAAAAGAUGCCGUAUUAAGCAAUUUGAUAAUGUGCCUCCCUUUUCAGCUAGCAUUGUCAUAAGUCAUGAAAGUCAAUUGUUGCUUAUAAGCUGUUGAAAUCUAUUGGAGUUAAAUUUAGCCAUAUCUAUAAUUCAUUAAUGAAAAAAAUUGGGAUGGUGGGACCACUUUGUUAUACCCAAAUUUUCUAAUUUGAUAAUAAAUCUGUAAGGCAGACAAAAUAAAGGGGAACACCAUAGUUUGAUAGUAUGCAAAAUGGAAGAUUUUGGAAAGUUUCCUGGGGAAGGAUGCCAACGUGUAUAGAUAAGUCUUUCUUAAUGAAAGUUAUGGAUUUUGGAAUCUACAUGGAGUCCUCUGAAAUAAACACAUUGCAGCCCUAAAUAUAGUUACUUGGAAAUAGAUUCUGUUGAUUUCAGUGGAACUUGUUUCACAUAAAAGCACCCACAAUUAAAAGCUAAACGUGUAUGUCUCUACCUGAAAUUACAAGACGACCCAUUAUUUUCCCCUGAACAACUUUCACCAUCACCUUUUCAGUGGAGAUGGCAAUUAAGAUGUUAAUAAGUUUGUACUAUAUCUUUCCUAAUAUUUUUAAUACAAAAUGGAAAUAUCCAUUCAUUUACAUUUGAUCUGUUUGUUAUGAGGCACUUUUAAGUAGAAGAAUUGGUGUAAAAAUGGUAGGCGAAUGUAUUUGGGGAUAGGAGGAGGACUUGACAAAUAGGCAUUAAGGUGGUCAAAUGCUAAAUGGCUUUAGCCAUUUCUGCAAAUAGGGCAAAAGUAAAAUUUCAUGCCAGACAAUUAUACAUAAUGUCUUUGUACUAAACGUGGCAAGUGUACUUUGUCAAUUGAUUUACCAUUCACUAGAAGUACCUACAGUGUGUCCUAACUAGAUUGUGCACUAUGAACACGUUCAGGGACUCUCAAUUGGGGCAUCUGUAUACAUUAAAUGGAAACUGGGUUUUGGCCUGUAGGACAAUAGCCAUCCUUAGGUUAUAUAAUUCAUUAAGGAGUUAAAACACUGAUUAUAUGAAGAACUGAUUAUAAGAGAUAUAAAAGAAGGAAUUAUAGAAAAAGGAAAGUUCACCAAUGUUUGUUUGUUCUUUGAAUAAUAAAUUUGUUUCUGAUAAUUCAUUUUUGGCUACGAGAAAAAUAGAUAUCCGUAAGUGAAUUAUCGCUAGAGAAUCCUGUUAACCAAAGUAUUUUCCAGAAUUUUGAUUUUUGCAAUCAGCUAGAAAAAUCUAAUGACACUAAUUUUGUUAUCAGAAAGUUCCUAAAAUCAAAGUAAAAUGAAACUUAUGCAAACAAGAGGUUUUUCUUAUUCUCUUUUACAUUCGUCAUCUCAUAAUCAUUUGAGGACUGGCUUAUUUCUAUUGCAGUAAGGCUGUAGCCUCUGAAAUCAUGGUUGAAGUGUUAACCACCCUAUUUUUUCAGUUCAAAACUCAUUUGUCUCAUAUUGAAAUAAAUAGAAAAUUUGGAUAGUAAGAACUGUAGGUUCAUGGUGGACAGGUGGCACAGAAAUCAUGCUCCAACUUAUAGCAAGGCAGUGGUCUUUCUGAGUGCAAACAGAAAAUAUCCUACCUUGCUAAAAAUCUAACAUUAAAUGUUAAAAGCUUGAGAUUUAUUAACGGACAGAGAAUCACUUUUAAUUAUAUAUGAUCAGAAAAAAUUCUAUUAACAUUUUUGAGUUAUCUUUUUAAUACUUUCAUAGGGCUUUUAUGUUUUGAAAUAAUACAGAGAAAUGAAUAUAAGUAAUAAAAAGGACUUCAAGAAUUUGUUACUAUGGAUGGAAGGAUAGUAACAUUUUAUUCAAAAUCAAAGAUUUGUCGGAACGAAAAUGAAGUAGUUCUGAAUGACACAACUUUUAUUGAAAGGUUAUGAUGUGGAACUGCACAAUUGCCUACAUUUUGAGUUUUCUUUUCUUAAAAAAAAUGUGAGGGAAAAAUGGAACUUCGAAAGGCACAAUGAUACAGAAAUGAUGGAUUUUGAGUAAAAUAAUCUAGUUGUUUUGUCUCAAUUUAUGAGAUUUGAAUUCUACUUAUUUGCAGGCCAUUGCAUAUGAACUGAUAGGAAAGAGAUAAACAGAUUCCUUGAGGAUUUGGGUUACUUUUACUGGAAUAGUGUAAUAUGCACACCAUAGUCUGCAGUAGUGAAUUUUUUAUGAAAAUAUGUAUGUACUUAGAGAAUAUAUCUGAGACAAGAUGGACAUUUUCUUCAGUUUGGAAAUAAAUGGAGCCAAUACUAAUUGGCUGCAUAGUGAUGAUGAACACAUUUGUUAUUCUGUUCUUGCAUUGAAUCCUACAGUAGUAGUAUCAUAACUUUUAAAUAUUUUAUUUUGACCAGAAAAAUAUUUACCUCUUUAAUUGUUCACAUUAUUGGUUCUUACCAGAGUGUGCAUGAAAGGGUAAGACUAAGAAUAUUUCAAAUUUAAUCUAAGCACAAAUACCUCUCUGGGUAUGUGGGAUAUAUAUUAAUGACUUAAAUAUAAUGUAUAUUAAAAUAUUUUUGGAAGUCACUUUCAGAAAAUAAGUGCUUUUCCCUUCAUAUGUGACACAUGCACUGAAAUAGCACUGGACAUUUUAAGCGUUUUGGAAUAUUAAAUAAUUUUCAAACAAAAAAUGUUUUUGCCAUUUUAUAUUUAAACAGCACUGAUAGAAUUAUGCCUAGUAAACUUUUGAUGGUGGUAUUCCUCUUAAUGCCUAAUCAAUAUUUCUGAAAUAAUUGUUCAGCAUUUUGUAUCAAUUAGUUGUAUUGGCUGAAAUUUAAACUAAUUUUGAAAAUAACAAAUUGUCAAAUAAUUGUACAUUUCCCAAUUGUAAUACACUGUUCUUUAACUUUAAAAUAUACUGGGGUGUAAUUCUUCAGCAUAUAUAGAAUCUUUGUGGGGGUUUUAAAAUGUAUUUCUAUGCCAUAUCGGUUCAGUUUUACUGUAUUGCAUGCAUGUUAACAGAUCAGUUCUAUGCAUGCUUAUUCAGAAGGAAGGUUUUAUAGUUCAAUGGAAUUUCCUGCUAAAUAAGUAAAUAUACAUAUGCUUACAGUCUUAAGAGUAUAGUUUGUAUUGGAAAUCCAAUUUUGUAAGCAGCAAUGGCUGGAACAGAAUCUGAAAUAGACAUGGAAACAGUCACCACUGAAAUAAAGCCUUUAGGACAUAUAUUAUUAAAAGUUGAGAUAUUCUCUACUAGAGGAACUGCUGAAUAUUCAACAAUUCCAACCCUACGUGAUAUACAGAGAUGUUGUUUAGAUAAAUUUAGACUCCAUAUUUACAAAAUUGGCAAUUAAGAUUGCAAAAUCAUUUAGGUCAGUCUUGCUGCAUUGGGGCCUACCUAUUCAUCCUGCCAAGUAGAGGCCUGAAGUUUGCCCCUCUCUAUCAUUCAGUGCAGUUAUUUUUACCUACCACCAAAGCAGACAGCCCAUUUUCCAAACUAGUCAUUGAAUCAUGUAAAGGUUGCUAAUCUAAUCUAAUCCACAGCAGAAAUUGGGAGCCCAGUUUUUGCCAAGAUUAGCCCUUCCUUAUUAGAUAACAAGAAUAAAAAGAAUCCUUUUUCACAGUAUAUUUUAAAUUUGUUUUAUAGUUUAUUAAUGGUGAUCCUUUUCAUUUUAUUUUUACAUUUUUCUACCAGGAGUAGCUGUUUGUCUGUGCAACUACUGCAGUGCCACUGGACUAUCUAUAUCUUAUAAUUUCUAAGAUACUGUUAAGUAAUCUUACCAAUAACUUUGUGAUUCUUGAUUGUUUAAAAAAAACAAAUUGAUUGUUGCAUCUCAUGGAGAAUGUGUUACAGCCAAGUGAAUACUAGAUCAGGGACUCUCGAAAGGAAUAGCUUGCAGAAAUUGCUAAAAUGUCAUGCUUCAAGAAGUGAGUUAGGCAACGUAAGAUAAUACCUGCAGCUGCUGCUGCUUCAGAAUGACAAGCUUGGAAAUAAUGAAUCUAGGUUUAGAAAGGGUUGUGACCAUCUUGACAGUCAUGCAUGGUGAACCCAUUAUAUUGAGAGCAAUUGUUGAUCCAUACGGAUGUUCUAGUAUUAUAAUCUUGGUUAGAAGACAUGAAGCGGCAUAUAUGAAUGUCUGAUUCAAAUAUUCCCAUUAUUUUAUUCCACAUUCUGUCAAUUGUUCAAUGGUGACUUUGACUGUAUGUACACCCUGAAUGUAUACGGUGUUUUCUCUUCUCCAUAAAAGAAAAUAUAUCUUUGAAUAUAGCUUAUGGUUCAUAAAUGUGCAUGGAUUACUAGUGCAUCACUUCAAAUCCAAUAUUCUUAUUUUCAUCCAUAUUCUUGAGGUUUUUUUUAAACUAUCGCAAAUACUAAAUUUAGUAAUGACAGCACUUGAGCAAUCCAAAAAUAUGUACAGCUCUUUAUUAACAUAAACUGAAAGAAGUAACAGGAUAAUACUUGGGGACUUUUACACAUCUCAACUUUAAUACAUUAAUAUGGGUGGCAGUUUUGUAAAAUAUUUGUUCCAGUUUGUAGACCAUUGAAAUUGUACAUCCAA